CAAGCUCCAGAGCAACGCGUUUCUCGGCCACCAGCAAAGUGUUGGUUAACUUUGCAGCUGACGUUUGCUUUUACUUUUUUUCAACCCCAGCUGAAGUGUCCCAUUUACAGAGCUUGCUUUAUUGAAUUACCGACCUAGGAAAGAGAAGGCAAAUACUAAUGUGUCCGUCGCUGGAUAAAGAAGUGUUUCUAACGCCCACUGAAUAUGUUAUUUUCGCUUUGAGGCACGAUACAGAUAAUCAAUGCACCAUUUGAGACUGGGGGUUGCUCAUUUGCCUCGUUUCAGUUUCGUCCCGGUGCGUUGUAAGGUUGGUUUGUUUGGACAUGCACGUUUGGUAGGACCGAAUAAACAAAGUAUCCAAGUUGCAGACUCGCCGUAUUGUGGCAGGUUGUUGAGCCAGCGCCACGAUCAGAGACCUAUUCGCAACACAAAUGGCUCUUUCUUAUCUUUCUGUGUUUUCGGUGGAACAGAAGAAACCCCAGUAAGGUGCGAGAGCGAUGCCGACGUGCCCCUCUUAAAAAAAGUUUUACGGGGAUGCGGCGCUUUUGCAAACUCUGAACUUCAUGAACCAGCAGCUUCGCGAAAUUCAACACGGCUUGUCCACUGGUUGCCUCAGACACAGGCAGCCCUCCAUAACCUACAACCCUUGGCUGUCUCCCAGACUCGGGUUUUACAUGCUGUCGACCUGGUGGCUGGCAUGGAAGAUGACAAAACGGACUUGGUGCUGUCUGCCAUCCCAGGUGUGCUGUUGGACCUGCACCCUGCGGAGGACCUGUUGCAGCACGACGCGAAGAUAACAACAGGAGCUCUGGAAACUGCAGAGAAAAAAUGCUUUUCGGAAAAUGAAAAUGUGCAGAAGGAGAAAAAGAAGAGGAAAAGACCCAAAAUAAAAGGCAGGAAGCAGAAAGCAAAGGCCUCUGAUUGCUCGAACACUCUGUUGGCUGAACUUCCCUUUGCCAACACAGAAAUAAGCAAGGAGUUUGGCAUCACCUCCUCAGAAAAGGGACUGAAGAAAAAGCGAAAGAGAAAAAUUGCACGGGAGAGUGAAGAGGAUGCAGAUGAAAAGAAGAAACAGAGAAAAGAUCAACGUCCAAACUACUUUGUGUCUGUUCCUAUUACAAACCCUAAGAUAAAAGGGGGGAUUGAAGCUGUUCAGGACAUCAUUGUCCAGAAGGAUCACAGACUGUCUAAAGCAAUGAUUCCUGUUGGCAGUCUUCACAUUACUCUGCUUGUGACCCACUUAAGCACUGAAGAAGAAGUAAACGCGGCAGUUUGUGCGCUGACUGAGCUGAAGGAUGUGCUCCGUGACCUGCUUCAGGGCAAAGAGCUGGUGCUGCCUUUCGCUGGGAUCGGGCACUUCCGAAGUGAGGUUGCUUUUGUGCAGCUGGCAGAAGGAGACCAUGUGACGACACUAAGAGAUCUUGCAGAGGCAGUGAGGAAGGCGUUUGAAGGAAAGGGCAUUUUGGCUGGAGACAGUAGGGCUUUCAAGCCACACCUGACCUUCAUGAAGCUCUCAAGGUCUCCAAAGCUACGCCAUCAGGGAGUAAAGAAGCUGGAUGCGAAACUUUAUGAGCACUUUGAACGGCACAGGUUCGGAGAGGAGUCCUUAUCACGACUAGAUCUUUGCUCAAUGCUGAAGAAAAAGACUACAGAUGGAUAUUACCAUUGUGAAGCUUCAGUGACAUUAGGGAUAAAACGUGAUGUAAGCUUCAUUAGGAAGGCUUUGCAAAGAGAAAGGGGGUCUCUGUUGAAGAAACUCGUUUGGAUAAAAGACCUUUUGUGUCAUCCGGCAACACUAGCGCGAAUCCGCUGUGAGAUGGCAGAAACAGGAGUCCCGUCAGCAGGUGCUCUUGCCUGCAGGUGAUCUCUCUCCUCACAUCUGUCUGUUGGAAGAGCGAUGGGAUUGUUAAACACACGGGGAUAAAGAGACUGCAGCCACGCCACACGUCUGUAGGCCUUCGGGGUGGUAUGCUCUUGUUUUUUGUUACUUACCAUUAGGAUUUUUUUUUUCCCUAAACACAAACAAACAAAGCUUUUUAUGCUUUGCACAAACGUGUCGUCUGCACUGUCAUUGUUGGUUGAUUCUCUUUUUUAACUUUUAUGCCUGUGAUAGAGUUAAUGAGAUUCUAGAUUUACCACUUCAAAGGUAGCCUUAUGUUUAGACACAAUUCUCGUUUUUAUUUUAGUACCUUGCAUGUGAAGUUUUUUUUUCUCUUCAGCUUUGUGUAUAUAUACACCUGUACCUUUAAAAAAAACAAUGGUUUUGUCCAGGCAUGCAGUGGUAUUGCUGGUUAGUGUUCUGUUUGUAACCUUGUUGAUUGUCUGCAAGAACACUCCAUCACAGUACUUAUAUUGAUUCUUUUUAUUUUUGUUUGUUUUUAAUUAAAUUGAACAAUGACAAAAUAGAACUUGAUAUAAAUAACCAACAUUAAUAAUGUUUUAAAUAGCUGCAUACAUUUUGGUAACAUACAUAACAAACAUCCCAACACUUUACUGUAAAUGUCAAACAUAGUUUUAGUGCAAGCUGACUUUAAGUAUUGUUAGAAGAAAUGAACAAGAAUUAGAAAAAAUUGAACUAUUUUGGUCUUGGGUUUUGAGAAUUAAGAGGGUGAUGUUUAAGAAAGGUACUAAAUACAUUGAUGUUUAAUGUUAAUUGAGAACUUAAUUGUUGUUUUGUCUUUGCUAAAUGGAAAGACAUGUAACCACAAACAGCAGUGCCUUUUUAAUACUUGAUCAAAGAGCUCACUUUUCAUUUAGAUGAGGAAUCAUUUUUCUCAGUUGUGUGACAAGGAACAGGAGAAUAGACACGUUCAAGCUAUGCAAAUGCUUUGAAACUUGGUGAUGAAUGAUGGAGUCUAAGACGAAAGAUGAAAAGUGCUAAAUGAAGAAUCUCUUGUCCUGUGUGGAAGAAUGUCAGUAUCUUGAGUUUGUUCAGUCUUCUUGGGCAGGAAAAUGAACGGAAGACAAGAGGGUACUGGGACAGGUAGUGUGUAUUGAAAUGCAUCUGCAGUUGAUUUGUACCAUUCUCCUAAGUAUGGCCUGCUGCUUCUGAACUAGGAUUUGAUAGUCCCAAAAGUACAGAUCGGUAGAGCCUUGCUUGUGGCUACGUAAGUGGUAUUUCGAUCAAGCUCUCAGAUCCUUUUUUUUAAAUCCAAACAAAGGCUAUGUGAUUUAAGUUUUAGUUUCACCCCAAAAAGUACAUAUUACACACAGUUCACAUCCUGCUAAAAAAAGGAAUGUGAGAAGAACAGGAAUAGGAUUCAACAGGGAGCAAGCGAUAUAUUAUAUGUCACAUGUUAUUAUUUAUUAUCCCUACAGGGAUUAAUAAGUUAAGAAGGAGAGCAUAUGUUAAGAAUCCCAUAACAUUGUAGUAAGCGAAAUAAACCUCCUUUUUUUCUGAUGGAAAGGGACGGUUCUCCCACUGCAGAGUUCAGUGUAACUAGGCUACUGCGAUGCACGUACAGCAGGUAAAAAAAUCAUUUCACCUGAAACAAACCUGAAUUUAUCCCUUUAUAGGACUGCAUUGCCCAUGUUCCUAAAGUAAAUAGGAGUUCAUUAGCAAUUUACACAGUUGUGUGCUAAAAAAAGAAUUGAAGACUACAGAUCUUCCCCAGUUUAAUUGUACGGUCAUUUUGAACUGUUUCUCUCCGUUUAUAGGACUAAAGCAGGUGAUUAUUGGGGAAUUUAGUACUUGAAGGGCAUAAUUCACGCUAUAAUUGACCAUUUUCCUUAACUUUGCUUGUCAUUGUUUUGUUUUGCAGCAGUCAGGUCUAAAGCCAUAUGGAAGGUUGGUUUUGUUUUUGUUAUUUACGGCUUGUGAAAGACGUCCAUGUUUUAACACUUCUCUUUAAGAGCCCCCACCCUGGAAUCUUUAUAUAGCUGCACUGAAGAGCCGUGGUAACUUGGCUGCAGAAGUUUUGUAAAUAUUAGGGGACUCUUUAAGUAUUGUGUCAUUUUAUUUGUGCAAAUGCAUAAUUUAAGCAAGGUUGCUCAGAAAUGGAUGUUUUGAGACAGACAAUCAGACCACGUAAAGCUGUUUAACACCUUAUUUUACAAUUUAUUUUAAAUGAUGUUAUGUUAUUAGCACUCGACUCGAGAAUGGACUGGAACCCUAUAUGGCGUUUAUUAUAUGGCUGGUAAAUUAUAUACAGUAUAUGAUGUUUGCAGUUAGAAAUUAGUAUCUUAACAAACAAGUAGCCUCUUUUCUACUUGCAAAUUGUAUUAAAACAAUUCCUUGUUUCAGUUGUUUGAUUCAAUGAGACGUAACCCAUCUGAGGAGAUGUUCAUUUUGUGAAUUCAGUGUAUAAACAAAACAGUGUAUUAUUAUGUCCAAGUAGUUUAAAUAAAAAAAUAACUAUUUUAGUACAUUAGUAAUUUGUCAUUCCAUUAUACGAAGACGUAAAAAUCACUUUUGGUGAACACUAACCUUUAAAAAUGAGACAAAGACAGCAGUGACGUAAGUGGAAAUUAGAUUUAGCUGAAAUGAAUGAUGAUUAAAAACAGAUUAUUAGCUUUUGUUAGAACGGUUUAGCAAAAGGACACAAAGCUUUUUGGAUUUAGUGCAAAACGUUAUCCACUUUCUCUUGCCACAGAUGAACACUAGCUUAUUUUUCCAACCAUUUUUAAAUGGAAAAAUUAACUACCACUUUCCAAAGCUGCGUUUUUAUUUCAAACGCAUGUCAUAUUUCAUGUCUUCAGUCUUCCUUUUUAUUGAGGGGAGUCUGGAGGACGGGCUGGAUUAGAUGAUCUAGGCUGUUGUAUUAGGGUUCCUCACAGGUGCAUAUUCACCUGGCCCACAGUGUUCCUGAGUGCACAGCUCACACCGAAGCCCAUGUUAUCUUCCAUAAUAACUGAGAACGCACGUGAAAUACCGGUGGCGUUGCUGCCUCGCCCUGCUGGGGUCCUGGGUUCAAUCCUGGACCUGGGGUGUAUGUUCUCUCCAUGACCGUGUGGGUUUACUCCCACAGUGCAAAGACUUACUGGUAUGUUAAUUGGCUUCUGGGGGAAUUGUCCCUGGUGUUUAGUGCGUGCGUGUUUGUGUUUGUACCUACACUGCAAAGGACUGGCGUCCCGCCCAGGGCGUACCCUGCCUUGCACCCGUGGCUUGCUGGGAUAGGCUCCGGCUCUGGCUCCUCCCUGAGCUGAAUUGGAAUAAACAGUUGGAAAAAGUAUUGAUGUAUUAAAAUAUAAAUGUUCAUAAAGGAAGCGUAACAACCUUAUUCUGUAAUUGAAAGCAGGCAGUUGUGGGUUGUUAAAGGACUCGCUCCCAUUUACUUGAUGAGUUGCUAAAAAUGUUCCGUUUAGUGAGCCAUUAACUCAAGUCAGUCCUGUCCCAGUAUUUAAAAAGUACAUUCUCCAAUGCCAUUUGUUAAAAUUCUGUUACUUGCCUCCGGUAGCAAUAUUUUAGUCAGCAGAAUAAACUGUGCCAAUCUACAGUUUUAAAAAUUGGUUAUUUUGGUAAGAACUGUUAAAAUACUGAUAACCAUUCAGGUUUUGUAAAUUUAAUGUUUUUAUCCUUCUGGAACUGUUUUGUCGUUGUACACUAAUGCUCAGCCUUCACACACAUUUUUCCUAGUUAUCAGUAAAGGUAAUAAAAUGUGUUUUCCCUUUAAAAUACAGUACUUUUAAAAAAAUAUACUGGUAAGAAGUGAUACGUUAAUGUAAACAUACCUUGUUUGUUUUUUGUGUUUUGGGCUGUGUAAGUAAAUGCUUCAUAAUAUUAGGAGAGAAAAGAUAAUCUCUUUAAUUUAAAAAGUAAAGGAUUAGGUUUGUCUUGUGUGAUUUUGUAUCCCCUACAGUAUAUCUCCAGUAAGGUGUUUGUUGUUUUUUUUAGAAGUAAAACACCCUCAGGUCUUAAGAAUGUCACAUGAUGACCAUGUGCCAAACAUACUGUUUCAAUGAAAAAUACUUUUUUUUAUUUUAAAUUGGAAUUUUUGUAGAAAGACCUGGAUUGUGCUUUGGUUUUUAGUACUGGAAGGAUUUUUUUAAAUAAUAAAGAUGAUUUGCUCUAAUAAACUGUACUACUUUGAGAAGGCUCAAGAUUUAA